AGGGCUCUGGUGCCAAUUUUCAUAUUUUCUCUCAUUCUUAAAAAGUAUUUCUCCGAAGUAGGUUAAUUCUUUGUGCUCAAGAUAAGAAAAAUUUAUAAAAAUAUUUUAAAUCAAUAGUAAUCUACAGAAAAAUAUAUUAAAAAUGUUUGAAAAUAAUCAAUCCAAUAUGCAAAUGAGCCGUCAUGCUGGUGGACCUGGCGGCGGUGGUUACCGUGAUCAGCAACAAAAUCGUGGUGGACCUAUGCGUCAUGGCCACGCUGGUGGUGGUAUGCAACAUAAGCGACCAACACCUUAUGGUCGUCCCCAAAAUCCCCAACAUCGUAAUAAUUCCUCUAAAGAUCAAUUCGAGGGAGGAAACGCAAAUUCUAAUAAUACAUUUGCAUCCGGUGAUCGUUUGCCAAACAUCAUCUGGUCGGAGCUAACACUUACUCCGUUCAAGAAGAACUUCUAUAAGCCGUGUGAAUCGGUAGCUGCUCGUUCUCAGUCUGAAGUCGAUGGCUAUUUAUCGACCAAUGAAAUUACAUUAAAAGGUGUAAGCAUUCCAACACCAAGUAUUGAUUUCGACGAAGGUGGUUUUCCCGAGUACGUUAUGAGUGGCAUUAAGAAAAUGGGCUUUGCAAAACCAACAGCAAUUCAAGCCCAGGGUUGGCCAAUCGCACUUAGUGGGAGAGACAUGGUGGGUGUGGCUCAAACCGGUUCGGGUAAGACGUUAGCAUAUGUAUUGCCAGCCGUGGUUCAUAUUAACAAUCAACCACGUUUGGAACAUGGCGACGGCCCAAUUGCUUUGAUUCUAGCACCCACUCGUGAACUAGCUCAGCAAAUCCAGCAAGUCGCAAACGAAUUCGGCUCCCAGACUCAUGUACGCAAUACGUGUAUAUUUGGCGGCGCUCCAAAACACUAUCAAUCUCGAGAUUUGGAGCGGGGAGUCGAAAUCGUUAUUGCGACUCCUGGAAGAUUGAUUGAUUUUCUUGAACGCGGUGUUACCAAUUUAAAACGUUGCACCUACUUGGUGUUGGACGAGGCCGAUCGUAUGUUGGACAUGGGUUUCGAACCCCAGAUCCGUAAAAUUAUCAAACAAAUUCGUCCCGAUCGUCAAGUGCUGAUGUGGUCCGCCACCUGGCCGAAAGAAGUUCGUAACUUGGCCGAAGAGUUCUUAGACAACUACAUUCAAAUCAAUAUUGGCUCCCUGACCUUGUCGGCCAAUCACAAUAUUUUGCAAAUUGUCGAUGUGUGCGAUGAAAAUGAAAAAGAUUUCAAACUUAUUAAACUCUUGGGUGAGAUCUCCUCCGAGAAGGACACCAAAACCAUCAUAUUCGUGGAGACGAAGAAGAGAGUCGAUGAAAUCACUCGCACAAUUUCGCGUCAAGGCUGGCGGGCAUGUGCCAUUCAUGGUGACAAGUCUCAACAGGAACGUGACUAUGUCUUGGCUUCAUUCCGUAAUGGCCGCAAUGCUAUUCUAGUGGCUACCGAUGUAGCUGCUCGUGGCUUAGAUGUCGAUGAUGUUAAAUUUGUCAUCAAUUAUGAUUACCCAUCAAAUUCGGAGGAUUAUGUACAUCGCAUUGGACGUACUGGACGUUCAAAUAAUACGGGAACGGCAUACACUCUCUUCACAAACUCCAAUGCCAAUAAGGCUAAUGAUUUGAUACAGGUCCUGAAGGAAGCAAAUCAAGUCAUAAAUCCCCGUUUAGUGGACAUGGCAUCGUCACAAUCACGACGAGGCGGUCGUAACAACUCACAAGGAUAUAAGAAAAUGUCAUCCCAACAAUCGUACGGUGGCAAUAACAACUAUCAGCAGCGUUUCAAUAACCGACCCAACAACAACUAUGGCCGUCCCGAUCAACAUCAGGCACAACAACACCAAAGACCUGCGUAUUCACAAUAUCCUCCUCAUCAUCAGCAACCACAAGGCAGUGGUGGUUAUCCCCCAAGAUCUCAAAAUCCCAACAACACACAAAUGACCCGCUCAAAUGGUCACCAAUCGCGAUUCUCAUCAGCUCCCCCGUCCCAUCAAGCGUACGAUAAUAGUGAAGAGAAAAAGUCACGCUUUGGCCAAGCACCACCUCAUCAAGGUGGAGGCUAUGAAAAUUACUUACCCAAAAAUUUGGCUGCUGGCGGCUAUGUACAACAACCUCCUCUACCAACAGCUGCGUAUGUCGUUCCCACAUCCUCGGAUAUGUAUGCGUAUCCACCACCUCCUUUACCGGUUCAGAACUAAGCUAAAGAAACCGACCCUUGAAAGAGGCUUUUUAAAAUUAACAACAAAACUAUACAUAUAAACUAAACACAUAUUCAUUAUAAUUUUUAUAUAUAAAUUAAUUAUAACAUUAGUCUAUUAUUACUCUAGUAUUAUUAUACUUGAAUGGAUUUUCUUUCAUUUUUUAACUCGUUUUCUUUCCCUUUAAAUGUGUUUAAAUUUUUCUUUUUAAUAUUCUCUAUAAUAUAUAUUUUGCCUUUAUAUACAUACUACUUAAGAUUUUACUAAAUAUUUAUGUAUUUUUAACGUUGGGAUUAAAACGUUUUAGUAAUUUAUCUCUAGUGAGAAUCCGUAACCACUUGUUGGUGUUAAAUGAAAAAAUUUAAACAUCAAUAAAAAAUACCAAUAAAUAAAACUAUGAAAAAAUAAA